GUCUCUGAGGUUUCCUGCAACUGGAAGCAAGCUCGAUUGAGAGCGCUGCGCCUCCAUGUCGCCAUGCUUGGGGGUAAGUGGAAGUGCACGCAGCGCCGGUGGCUGAAGCUGCAGCACCGGUUCUACUGGCGUUUGGUGCGCCGUGCCAAGCAUGCCAAGCGGCCUGCCCAGCAGCCGUGGCGUCGGCGGCGCGUGGACCCGAUUUCGGCCAAGCCCGAAGUCGAGUUCCCUGAGAUCUGGCUUCCGCCGGCAUACCAAGACCCCUUCACGCGGUCCAAGCGCAUCAGGCUGGUGUUGGCAUUGCUCGGGCAGCCGCAAGAUGAGCUGCCCUGGUCAGAGUGGGAGAAGGAGACUCGCUGCCAAGGGGACCCUGACCUGGGCUGUCCGCCUGAGCUGCUGGCGAGACAGCCGCCAGUGCACAGGGCACUGGAGUGCUGCGACCCUGGGGGGUUCUGCGCUUGUGGCCUCCGGCGCGUGGUGUGCCAGCGGGGCCGGCUUCCACUGGUGCCGGCGCAUGGAGCUGCCCAAGGUAGCUCCGAGUCUGCACUUUCUGAAGCCGCCCAACAGCGGUUGUUGCUGGAGCUGAGCGAGUGGCUCUACAAUGCAGCGGUGUGCUUGUGGCAGCGGGGGAGGACCGAGGAGCUGCGAGCAUCUUUCUUGGGAAAGCUGAAAAGGUCAACAUCCUCAAGACUGUCCAUGGAAACCGACCUCUCACACCUCGCGUGGUUUAUGGAGACUGACUUCUCAGAGGUGUUCCCCCCAGAGGAGCGCGAGGACGUGAUCAUGCGGACGCUGCAGAUCGUGUGCGCGGACACCGCGGACUGGAGGCGCAGAGAGUCGCGCCAGCUUUCCCAGCAUGACCACGAGGACAAGACAGGUACCAGGGCGGUGCAGCAAGACCAGCCCGUGGGUGUCCAGCCCCAGCUGCCCAACGUGCCAAAGUUGAAGGAGGAACAGCUCCCCGAGUGCCACUAUUAUCUUGCGCCCGGCGCAGUAGGCCUGUGGAGAGUUGUGAAGGACAGGCUCAAGGAGCCCAUACAUAUUCACCUUGACGAGAAGUACGGGCGACCAGGGCGGCUGGCCCUAGGCAUUAUGGCUCGAUAUCUCCAAAAUCCGAACGAGGAGAAGGAGCAGCGGUGGCAACUAUUUUGGAACAGGGUCCACAAACCUGAGGAGAACCUGCAGGUUGGCACUUCAUCCUAUACAGCUUCAGGGAGUGACCAGAAGGAUCCGGCAUGGGAGGUGGACCCGGUGGACGCGGUGGACGCGGUGGACCCGGUGGAGCCAUCUUUCACGCAGUCCAACAAGAUCUUGGUGCGUCGGGCCAGGGAAGCGCCCACCUGGGACCUGCAGACGAGGUGCGAAUGCGUCAGCCAGCUCUUCAUGGCCUGGCAGCAGGCCGAGGGCCAGCACCAGGUGGCAGCAGAGCUCAAUGUGAUGAUGGCCGAUCUCUAUCGCCUCCCUUUGGGCCCCGAAGUCCCGGGCCGUGGGCCGCUGGGCCUGCUGGUUGAGCUGCUGCCCUCCCGCAAAGUGAGAGAGGAGGCUGGUCGGCCAGUUGUGCGGAAAAGCAGGGAGGCGGCAUCGCCCUUGGCCCCACGGGCGGAAAUUGAGAGCCUCACGAUUCUGGUGGCGCAGUAUCCCGGGGACUCGUUGCUGUGGAGGAUGCUGGCUGCCGCCCUGACAGAUGAGGACCUGGAUGUGGAGAUGCUCAGGAGCCUUGGCCUCCCGGGCCGCAGCUGGCAGAAGGUGCUCCGCAGACCCCCGGAGGCAGCCGAAGAGGCGAGCGCCACCUUGGCGCUGCUCGUUGCCCAGCUGGACCCUCAGUCCUUGCCGGACCUGCUGCGUGCUUUCCGGGCCCCUUCCUGGCCCGGCCUUGCGGCUCCAUGGGAGCCGGAGGCACGCGAGCAGAUUCUCGAGCGCUUGCCGGCGGUUCUUCCGCUGCGGGCCGCUACGCAGCGGGCGGUCGGCGAGCUGCCGCCGGCCUACGACGAGCUCUUCCCAGGUCGGAACGAAGCCUGAUGCGCCGGAGGCCCAGUGAGCCUAAGGCCCAUGACUUGUUGCUUCGGUCUAUUUCAAGCGGCCCAUGCAAGCAUCUGAGCAUGCGAGCAUGAGCAUGCUGGGAAACUGUUUGCCUAGGCAAGUCCCGUUGUCGUGCAGCAAAGGCCAAAGGUCAAGUCUUCGUGCAGCCGACUGGUGUCAGCUUUGGUCCUUGGCAGUUGCGGCCUCUGUGGGGGUUGCAGGGUGGCCAACUGUUUCCGGCCAAGCCUCCAAGGGGGCCGGGUGCGGAGCCAUGAUCCUUACCAGGCGAGAAAUCUAUC